UGAUUAGUCCCUCCUACAAUUCGAGUCUCCAUAUUCAUAUCCCUGACCAAAAAUCUUCAUCGGCCUCUCUCGUUUAUCUUCUUCUUAACAAUCUUGUUCUGUUUGUCCGGUAUUUUCUUCAACAAUUCCUGUGUUUCCUCUUCAUAUUCUCCAGCUAAAGAUAUUGUUUCUUUCUCAAAUUCGCAGAGAAACCCUAAAUUCCCUCUCUGCCCUUACUCCAGUUGGGUCCUCCGGCCAAUUCACUUCGCCAGUUCAUUACCCUUCAUCGAUAUCAGAUUCGUGCGGAUAUUUUGGCUCCUUUGAUUUCUAGCUGUCUAAAAUCUGACCUGAGAUGAUCAUUUAACACAGUUAAGAAUAUCAGAAUGGAACUGGCAGAUAAGGCUGUUGGGGCCUUGUUAUCGUUGAUUAGUCUCUCUAUAUUCACUUAUUACACAUUUUGGGUCGUCAUCCUGCCAUUUGUAGACAGUGACCAUUUUAUACAACAGUACUUCCUGCCUCAAGAAUAUGCCAUAUUGUUACCUGUGUUUGCUGGUGUAGUGCUCCUCUGCUUCUUAUCCAUAUUCAUUGGAUUAGUGAUGCUCAAAUCCAAAAAGAAGAAAGCAUGAUAUGAUCAUUUUCCCCAUCUUUUUUCUGAUGCUGGAUCUACAGUUCAUACAUAUAUAUAUAUAUAUUUUUACCGGAAGUACAUUUUAACAUCCAAAUACGGUAAUUUUUUGUUGGUUUCUACCAUAUUUUCUUAUAGUGGUUUCAAAGGGAUAAUUGCUAUUGUGAUUUUGGUUGCAGCAGACUAGAGGAGUAAACCGCCGAGACAUUGCUCUCUCACUAUUUACUUACUGAUAAAAUAUGAUAUUGUUUGUGUACUCAA